AAUUCAUCAAACUUCAAUGGUAUAACCUAGAAGCCUUGUUUCAGUGUAUUUAAUCCCUUUCUUGUUUAACUGGGGUGUCUCUUUGAUCUUCAGGCAGUAUAGAGUUUCAAGCCACUAUUGUUUAUUUUCUAUGUGUUUUGCUUAAAUAUUUCAUGGAAAAUGAAGGGGAGAAACUUGGUUUUCAAGUUUCUGGAAUCCUUCAGAAGAAAGUCAACAAGUCGCUUUCUCCAUCGUUCUGAUUCUUGGAUCCCAGUUUGUAGAUGAAGCCCAGCUAUAGUAACCAAGGAGGAGAUCCAUCCUGUCCUAAAGUCUUGCAGUGUGAAACUUGCAAUGGUCUCUUUGUAUGUUAAUUUCUCCAUCUCUAGAAUGGAUGCAAUUGUUUUUACCACCCUUAGGGAGGUGUCAUUAAAUCACUGAAAUGAUACUGGAAGAAAACAAGAGUGAUUAAUCUUGCAGAACAACACAUCUGUAUUUUCUCCAUAUUCUCCAACGUGCAUGAAAAGUUCCUUCAGAAGAGAAUGUUUACAUUGGAUGUAUGUAUACCUGAUUUGAUAAUCCCAAACUGCACCCCAACCACCCACUUCUGAAUAGGGGGAAAAAAAAAUCAGAAGCCUGCAGUUGUGUAACAUGAAAUCUCUUCUGGACUGGAGCCCAUCGCUGUGGUUUUUGGCAACACAACCAGCACAACAUCUCCUUUCUCAUCUCUUGGGAAAAAAAAAAAAAAAAAAAAACCAACAGAGGAAAAAAAUACCUUGAGAAUAAAGGUAAUGAUUAAUCUAUCAGGCACAAAAAGGAUCGUUUUGGGGAUUUCAGACUGUAACUCACAAAGUCAGAUAAACAACAGUGAACAGGGGAUGACAAUUUCACCAGGAGAGGAUUAAGUCACGGGCUGCAAUUGGGACAGCGUUUGUACAGUCAGAGAAUCUCACCGGACAUCUCCAGGAAUCUGAGCAGUUGCUAAAACUUCAGUUUUCACGUGCGAGUGAAGUAGGGGCCAGAAGAAGCAGGGACUGGUGGAGAGAGUGGUUCUUGGAGAAGCCCCACGAUGCAGCCUGGGAAGGGGCAAAAGGGGAAAAGCUUCAAGCAGAAGCUGGUCUUGAAGAGCAGCUUAGCUAAAGCAACAGUCUCUGAGUUCUUGGGCACCUUCAUAAUGAUUGUCCUUGGAUGUGGCUCUGUCGCCCAAGCUGUCCUCAGUCGAGGUCUCUUUGGAGGAAUUGUCACUAUCAAUGUUGGAUUUGCCAUGGCAGUUGUAAUGGCCAUUUAUGUGACUGGGGGUGUCUCUGGUGGCCACAUCAACCCAGCUGUGUCUUUUGCAAUGUGUCUCUUUGGACGAAUGAAAUGGUUCAAAUUUCCUUUUUAUGUGGGAGCCCAGUUCUUGGGAGCCUUUGCAGGAGCUGCAACCCUCUUUGGCGUUUACCAUGAUGGACUUAUGGCCUUUGCUGGUGGAAAAUUGCUCAUCGUGGGAGAAAAUGCAACAGCCCACAUUUUUGCAACGUACCCAGCUCCAUAUCUGUCUUUGACGAAUGCGUUUGCAGACCAAGUAGUGGCCACCAUGUUCCUCCUCAUGAUUGUCUUUGCCAUUUUUGACUCCAGAAACUUGGGAGUCCCCAAAGGCCUAGAGCCCAUUGUCAUCGGCCUCCUGAUUAUCGCCAUUUCUUCUUCCUUGGGACUGAACAGUGGCUGUGCCAUGAACCCAGCUCGAGACCUGAGUCCCAGACUUUUCACUGCUUUGGCAGGUUGGGGGUUUGAGGUCUUCACAGCUGGAAAUAACUUCUGGUGGAUUCCCGUAGUGGGUCCUUUGGUUGGCGCGGUCAUUGGAGGCCUCAUCUACAUUCUUAUCAUUGAGAUCCACCACCAAGAUCCUGACCCAGACUUCGAGACAGGACAAUCUGAGGAGAAACUAGAUAAAUAUGAACUUAGUGUGAUAAUGUAGUAGUGUGCUCAGUUCGGGUUUACCAUUGGCUGCCCCAGUAUUCUCUUCAGAAAAGAUGGCAUCCAGGGGUCUGUGUUUUCACAAGACUAGGAUGGAAUCCACCCAAUUUCCUCUGCUAGCCAUGUGAGGCACCUAAUUGUAAAAGCAUUCAAGUGAAAGUUUGUAAAUGCUGACCUCUUCUUCACCGGUUUCCCCCAGAAUAGCACUGACUGUCCCCUGAAAUAGCCUUAUUUCCUGCUCUGUUUGUUUCAUCCUUUGAUGAGAAUCCUUAUUACUAGGCAAGCACUGAUAACUUAGAACCUUGACCAUGGACUUAUUUGGAUGAUCUCAGCUGCACUACCUGUAUGAAAAAGCAUUACGAAAGCCUUAUUUUUUCCACAAAGAUUAUGUUUGGAGUAUCAACCAAAACUAAAUUGAAAGACAAAAACUGUGAUUUUAAUUAAUAUGUCCAUGAAUUAGGGAGCUAAUAGGUUAACUCUGUAGUUAUGUUGCGCAACUAUAUUGGUAUAAAUACAGAUACUCUUCAAACCUAGGGAUAUAGGAAUCAGUAGAAUACGCUGGAAAGCACAGGGAAGGACACUGCGGCAUUCAGAAACCUCAGGAGACAAGAUAAAUUUGGGAAACCAAAUGGAAUUUUUUAAUGGAAACCAUUUAUCAGAUUAAUCUCUUGCUCUUUGCAUUUUAGAGGGCACCAGUUAAUUUUCUUGUCUUUAGUAUAUAAUGACCUAAAAUACAACUAUAACCUCAGGCAUGAAAAUUACAUCACCCUGUACUUUUAACUCAAAUGUACUUUCCUAAUUGUCCACUUGAGGACAGACAUUUGACAAGUUAAGUCAAUGUCUGCACUCAUCCGUUAUUCUACACAGGCCCUAGAAGCCAAAACUGGAAGCCAUGGGAUCUUGGUCUAGUGGAAUCUUCAGAAUAGAAGGUCCCAGGAAAGAUAGUGUUACCUCAUGGGGCUUUACAGUUCACAAAAACACUUUCCCAUUUAUUAUCUAAUUUAAUCCUCAUAGUGACUGUCCGAGGUAAAUGCCAUGCUGCCCAUUUUUUCAGAUAAGGAAACAAAGUCUUGGGGAAGUUAAGUGAGUUGCCUAAGGUCACAUGGAAAGUUGAACCUCAUCUACUGCAUCGUAUACCUUUCAGAAGAUCAGUAACUGGCCAAGAAUCUCGGCCAGCCCUCCUCGGCCAGCCAGAAGACAUGGGAUUGGCAGCUGCCAAAAUGUGUACACCUUCUGGAUGUAAUGUUCCCGGGAUCCUAAAAUAUAAAGACCUUCAUCGUGUGGUUUUUUUUUUCUUAACAUAUAAUGUAUUAUUUGUUUCAGGGGUACAGGUCUGUGAUUCAUCAGUCUUGCACAAUUCACAGCGCUCACCAUAGUACUUAUCCUCCCCAAUGUCCAUCACCCAGCUACCCCAUCCCUCCCACCCCCCUACACUUCAACAACCCUCAAUUUGUUUCCUGAGAUUAAGAAUUCCUCUUAUCGGGGUGCCUGGGUGGCUCAGUUGGUUAAGCGACUGCCUUCGGCUCAGGUCAUGAUCCUGGAGUCCCGGGAUCGAGUCCCACAUCAGGCUCCCUGCUCGGCGGGGAGUCUGCUUCUCCCUCUGACCCUCCCCCCUCUCGUGCUCUCUGUCUCUCAUUCUCUCUGUCUCAAAUAAAUAAACAAAAUCUUUAAAAAAAAAAAAAAAAGAAUUCCUCUUAUCAGUGAGACCAUCAUGUGGUUUUAUUCCUGCUGUUACUGAAACACUAACAAAGGAAAGAGGUCGCAAUUUGGUCAUAUUUUUCAUGUGUUGAAAAAACAUUAUCAGAAUGCCUCCCUCCUUAGCCCACCCUUGCUCUUUCUAAUUCUCACACCUCCUUCCUUGCCAAUCACAAGCAUUACAUCUGGGGAAUUUCCCCUUGGUCGGGCUCUUCCCUGUGAAGUUUCCUAAUUGAUGUCACUUUGGUGACAAGUCUCUGAGUUACAAGCACCAGAGAAAUUGCUCUACAUCAAAUGAUGCACCUUCAAACUGUUAAAAAGCCCAGCAUUCCCAGAGGUAUCCAGGUUCCCAAUUGCUUUGUGAUGAGAACAGAACAAAAAGUAAAUGUGAAAUGUCUCCAGUGGCCUAUGUUCUAUAAUCUAUCAACAUGGAAUGUUUUUUCUUGCUCUGAAACUACCUGGAUAUUUCCUAUUUGAAAUAAAAUUGGUGGCUUUUUUUUUUUUAA